UUGCAUGGUGGGCAAUAAACUCGUUUCCCGAAGCAGAGAAAUGAAACACUAGCUAGACAGCUAACUUAGAUAUGGGAAACGCUAUUUCUCGUUCUAAUUAAUGCCGCACUUAGGUCAUGCAAAUGUCGAUAUUUGCUAAAGAUUGUAAAAAACCCCGAGGUUUUAAAUAUUUGCUGUUAAAACUACCUUGAGGUAGUUAACCUAGCGUUAGUAAGAUAGGUUAGUGAACUAGUUAACGUUAGUUAACUAUCUAGCAACUGUAUCGGAGUAGUUUUGAUAUAUAGAAAUAUAUACAGAAAAGCAUGCCUCAGUGUGGAGAUGAAGAAAUUAUUAAAGAACUGUGUGUCUGUAACGGAAUAUCGCAUGAGAAGGUUUCCCAGGAUGGGAGAGGGAUAAGCGCUCUGGAGAUGUUCUUCUCGGGGUUUCCUCGGAUGGUGGGUCUCUCGCUCUUCCCCAGUCUCUCCACGCUCACCGUCGUGGGCCAGUGCAUCCGACACAUUCAGGGCCUGGAGCACUGUCCUCUGCUGAAAGAGCUCUGGGUAGUGGAGUGCCACAUUAACGAAAUCUCAGGGCUAGAAAAGUGCACACAGCUGCAGAAACUUUUUCUCUAUGACAACAAAAUCAGUGAGAUCACUGGACUGGAUCACCUGACCAACCUGCAAAUCCUGUGGCUCAACAGUAACCAAAUCUCUGAGAUUAAGGGUUUGAGUUCUCUUGAAAACUUGAGGGAACUCAAUCUUACUGAUAAUUUAAUCAAAACAAUUGGAGACAGCCUUGAUCAGAAUAACAAGCUCCAAAUUCUUAAUCUAUCAGGGAACAAGAUCAUUUCCUUUAAGGAGCUGACGCGGCUGGCGUGUCUGAGUGGACUGCGAGAGCUGGGCCUGAAGGACCCGCUGUGCCAGCCUAACCCUGUGUGCCUGCUGUGUAACUAUGUCACGCACGUGCUGUACCACAUGCCUGCCCUGCAGAGGCUGGACUCCUACGACGUCUCCAGCAAACUAAUCAAAGAGGCAGCUGAGUCCACGGUGAUGAAGAAGAUGAUGUAUUACAAUAUGCGGGUGCGCUGGGCUCAGAGGCAGUUUGAUGACUCUAAAGCGAGACUCCUGCAGCACAGGACAGUGCAGCUGAAACUGCCUGAGGAGAGGAUCCGAACUCUCAGCUACACACUCAAAAAUCUAGAGCGGGAGUUGUCUGAGGUGGGCAGGAAGUCUACACGCCUCUGGGAGGAAGAUCUGGCUGUGGAGUUACGUGACGCUGGGGAUCCACUCCCUAACCGCGUGGACCUUGGAUAUGAGCAGAAAGUACAGCACAAACUGGACUCAGUCAGAGAAAGCAUUAAGAUCUGGGAACAGCGAUUAGAGCAGGUGGAGGAGUCUUUUCAGCAGGACAUCAAACUGGCUUCAGACAGGAAGGAGCUGUUGAUUCACUUCCUGGUGAUGGAGCUGGAGACAGUGGGAAACAUUCGCUUUGAAGAAGGAAACCCCAGCGAUGUGUGGUUCAAAUCCUGCUAUGAUCUCUUGCUCUUUCGUUUCUGUGUUUGGGACUACAAACCCUACAACAUCACUGGCAUUAAGAUCAAUCGGAUCAUGCGCAUCCACAACUGUGCCCUGCGGCUGCGGUUCGAGGACAAGCUCCACUCCCUGCUGGACAGGGAUGAGUCGCCACUGCUGUCACAGAACUACAAACGCUGGCUGGAGUAUCUGUUCUAUGUGCCAGAUCCUGAGCAAAGCACAGAGAACAAUGAGUCUCUUCAAAUCCUGGAAGAAGGUUUUAGAUCAGCUGAGAAUUUUGAGGCUGUGGGCAGAGACAGAGCAGUGCCACUCACUAACAGCGUGAGUGUGUGUGAACAGCUACGUAUCAGACAUGCCCAGAGGCAGGCUGCCGAGCAGAGUGUCAAACCCCCAGACCCUCUGCCUUUCCGUCACGGUCAGCUGAUUGUCUCUAAAGUGUUCUUAGGCCCCAGUGUUCCAGUGAAAGAUGGUGUUCCAGUGGACCCUGACCUCUACCCCAAAGUUCACUCAGUUUAUCAAAAGGCCAGUGAGACUUUGUUUUCCACUGAACAGCAGGCAAGCUGCGACUGCAGUCAGCAACAGACUCUGUGGUAUGUGUUUGACCAUGAGCUUGUUCUCCCCGAGUAUCUCAUCGACUUUGAGUAUAUCACAGAGGACACGCCCCAGGCCUCGUGCCCCUAUACGCCCAGCUCUGUUGCCCCUGUCCCCGUCGACCCUGCCCCUGUGCCGCCGCUCUCCUGUUACGAGCAGACUCAGGACGAGAUGACGCUGGCCCUGGAGCCCGUCCUCGUCCCCCGACUCAAGAUGCUCGCUCUGGACGAGCUCAGCAUCCUGGCCACGGCCCGAGCCAACGUCCUCAGCCAGAUCACUGUGCUGAAUCUUCAUGGCAACAGCCUGACCAAGCUGAAGGAGAUCUCUUGCCUGACUGCACUCCGGCACCUUACGAUCAGCUUUAAUGAGUUGACCCACCUGGACGACAUCUCUCACCUGCCCAGCCUGGAGAAUGUGGAUGCCAGCUUCAACCGGGUGGCGACGCUGGAGGGCGUCCACAGCCUGGGCCGUCUCAGGCAUCUUGACCUGCGCUGGAACCAGCUGACCCGGGCGAGGGAUGACGCGGCUGUCCUCCGCAAGCACGCGCCCUGCCUUCUCCACCUGGACACCCGCCACAACCCCUGGUCCCGGCAUGACUCUGUGAGGAUGGUUUUGUUGGGGCGGCUCAAGACGCUCACACACCUGGAUGGUGUGUUAGUAACGGAAGAGGAGUCUACAGCUGCCUUAGAAAUGAGCACUACCUCCAAAAUCAACCAGGCAUGUCUCCUCGCUCACUCUCGUAUCACUGUGGAGCGUCCACGAUGUCUGAGUCUCCUCAGUGUUGCUCAGCUCCUCACAAACCUGAAGCCCUCACCCUGGACACACACAGAGCUUGAACCAGGCUGGGCUGCCAAGAUCACGGCCCUGAAUGUGGACGGUCAGCAUCUGUCCCGCAUCACUAACCUGGACAAACUGGUGAGCCUGCGCUGGGCUUCCUUUAACGACAACGACCUGACUCGCAUCGAGGGCCUGGAACACUGCCCCCUACUGGAAGAGCUCUCUCUCAACAAUAACAAAAUCAGUAGUCUGGAUGGUCUGUAUAAGCUGCAGCACUUGGUGCGUCUAAACAUCAACUGCAACCAGCUCCAGAGUUUGGACGGCUCUGUGCUGGACUGCCUGCCUAACCUCCAUUUCCUGUCUGCCGAGAGCAACUGCAUCUCUUCCCUGCACGGGGUUCAGAGGUCACGCUCCCUGUUUGAGCUCUACGCUGGGAACAAUGACAUCAGCACCUCCCGUAACAUAUACCACCUGAAGGCUUUGAGCAGCCUAAUUAUUCUGGAUUUGUUGGGGAACCCACUAGUGAAGAAGCUUGAGAACUACAGAGCAUACGUGGUCUUCCACCUGCCCUCCCUUAAAGCAUUGGACGGUGUUGCUGUGGAGUUAGCCGAGUCAGAGAAUGCUAAGGAUUUGUUUGGAGGCAGACUUAUCCCGGACAUGGUGGCUGAGAAGCUGGGCCACUCUAACUUCAGAGACAUAGUGAACCUAGAGCUGACGGCCUGCUCCAUCAGGAUGGUAGAUCUUGCUCCAGCUGAUCUGUUUGGGAACCUGCGCUGCAUUAAUCUGGAGCAUAAUAAUCUCACCUCCUUCAGUGGCCUUGUCUACCUGCCCAGUGUCAAGGCUUUAUGUCUGAACUACAACCACAUUGAGUCAAUUCUACCGCGUCAGAAAACCCAGACUCACCUUAGCAGCAGACAGGUGCUCUACCAGAAAGUCCACUCCAGUGGAUAUGGACAGCAGAACCACAGCAAAAAUAGCAGGGAAGGGGUGUCUGGAGACAGCCUGGAGCCGCUGAUGGCCAGCUUGGAAGAGCUGCAUCUGUGUCAUAACAGCAUUUCCAGUCUGGGUGAACUACAGCUUAGCAGGCUGACCAACCUCAAAGCUCUUUUCCUCCAGGGGAAUGAGAUCAGCCAGGUGGAGGGGCUGGAAGGCUUGCGGCAUCUGCGCCAGCUGGUUCUGGACCGGAACCGGAUUAAGAUCCUGAGCGAGGGCUCUCUCAGCCGCCAGGAGUCUCUGCUGGAGCUGCACCUGGCGGAGAACCGGCUCCGAGACCUAAGCCACCUGGGGCCGCUCACGCAGCUCCGCCGCCUAUUCCUGGACAUGAACAAGCUUCAGGACACUGCAGAGCUGGAUAAACUAGAGGAUCUCCCAUCACUUAUAGAGCUGUCUGUAGUAGGCAACCCGAUGGCAAAGCGGUCCCUUCACAGGCCAGCUGUGGUAGUGCGCCUGCCUAGACUGCAGGUGCUGGAUGGCAUCACAAUUACACUGGAGGAGCAGACCAGAUCAGAAUUAAUGUAUAAUGAAGGACAGUACCUCAGUCCUCCAGUAGUAGGUGCUGAUGUGCUGACGCUGCCUGGUUUAUUGCCGCUGUGUCGGGCUCUUCCUGGCCGAGGCACCUGUCUGACCAGCGGCCUGCAGCACCUACUGGGGCAUGAGAUCAUCACCACCCCCCUCAUGGAGGAGCCACACCACAACAGUAAAUAUAAAAAGCGAGCUGGAGGCACGCAUGUGCACAGUGCUCAGAGUGAUGGUAGCUACAGACAGAGAGGGGCCUCCAGCUUCCACACCACAGGACUACAGCCCAGCAGACACAGAGUGUACACAGCCUACACCAAUACUGACCCAGAGACCAGAUGUCCGAGUCACAGUGGACCCAAACCUCCCCCUAUGUAAUAGAUGCUGAGGAAUGUUACUGUGGUCUGGGACAAAGAUGUUCUGUGAAGCUGUGGUCUGGAGGUGUAACUGAGAUGUGGGGUGGAACUGUGA